CAUUUUCACUUUUUCUAAACCCUCUCAGAUCACCGAUAAUUCCCUCUCUUUCUUUCUCUCUCUCUCUUCCCGCGCUCCGAUCACCACCUCUUCAUGGCGGUGGAGGUCCCGGAGGACGCCCCCGCCCCCGGAGUCGACGGCGACAUCGCCGCGGACCUCGAUAUGCAAAUCUCAGACGACGACGACGACCCCUCAGACGGCGAACACGACGAGGAGAACGGCGGCUCAGGCGAUGAGAACGACGACAUCGAGAUCGCAGAAGCUGACGAGAACGACGACGCUGAGAAUCCAGAAGACGACGACGAUGACGGCGACGAGCUUAUCCACGAAGUCGACAGCGACGAGUCGUUGUCGGAGGAAGAGGUGGAGUGCGAUGAGACGUGGCUAGAGGAAGCUGAAUUCGCCGGAGGGCGCAAGUCCCAAGAGUGUACUUUGAUUUUGACACAAGGAAUGUCAACUUCAAGUCUCGCACUAAACGGCGUUGUUUCCAUGAAGGGUUGGGAAAGGUACGGUGUUUACCCACUGGUAGGUGAAUUGCUCAACGUGAGAGAAGCUGGCUUCUUCGAGGUCAUGUAUAAUCCGAUUUUCAAGACGAUUAUGAAGACUCUCGGACUUGAGCUAGAUGAAGAAUUUACCAGUACCGAAUCUUUGAGAUAUGGCCGGGUCAUUAUUAUGACUGCUGAACAGGAUCAUUAUGGUAGUUACAUCAAAGGGUUGUUGAUCAAUUUUCUUCAUAUGUUCUGGCCAUCAUUGCUAAAGCUUCCGUCAUUUUUGGCUGAGCUUAUAGCUCCUCUUACCAUCAAGGCAACAAAAGAGAGUGAGGAAGGGAAAGAAAAACGUGUAUUCUAUUCCCUGCAAGAGUAUGAAGCUUGGAGGGAAAGUUUGAGGGGCAAUGCGAGUGGCUGGGCCAUUGAGAAGGAUGUAGCAUGUGUUUUUGAUGAAGGGAAGGAUUAUUUUGAAAAUCUUUUAAUGCAGAAGAAAGAUUUUGUUUGGGUUGAUGAACGUGAUGAUGAGGCAAUUGAGCUUGCUUUCAGCAAGAAGUUUGAGGUGGGAAGUUUGCAGUCUGGUAUGCAUCUUGAUCAUGAGGAGAAACUUGUAACUUAUUGUGACUUUGUUGACAAGGAGCUUAUACCCUUUUCCAUGCUUGCUGUUCUACAACGCUCAAUUCCGUCAAUGGUUGAUGGCUUGAAGCCUCAUCAAAGAAAGGUUCUAUUCAGCUCUUUUAAGAGGGACGACUUUAUCAAGGAAGAAAUAGUUGCCAACUUUGCUAAUUAUGUGGCUGAACACUCGGCUCGUCUUGUGUGUGAGCCCUCAGCGUACCACCAUGAUGAGCAGAGUCUUGACAGUACAAUCAUUGAAAUGGCCCAGGCUUAUGUUGGCAGCAACAACAUUAAUCUUCUUUUACCAAGAGGUCUAUUUGGAAGCCGCCGAUUGGGAAGCAAAAUCCAUGGAAGCGUUCUUCAUCUUUCUACUCAACUUUCUCCCAUCACAAGGUUCCUUUUUCCAAAGGAUGAUGACAGGCUUCUUGACUACUUGCAUGAAGAUGGCAAAUCUAUUGAGCCAACUUGGUAUUUACCAAUUAUCCCAACGGUUCUUGUUAAUGGUAGCGAAGGUGUUGGGCCUGCUGGGUGGAUCUCUUACAUCCCUAGUUAUAACCCAAGAGACAUUGUGGAAAACGUGAAGCGUUUGAUUAGUGAUGAUAGAAUGGUGCCGAUGGAUCCUUGGUACAGAGGCUUUACCGGAACUAUUGAGAAAACUGUUACAGAUUCUGGCGUGUGCUACAGUACUUGUGGGAUCAUAAAGAAAGAAGAUGAGUCAACACUCAGGAUUACAGAGCUGCCAAUCGGUACUUGCACUAAAGAUUAUUUGGAAUUUCUUGACUCUAUCUCGGAAGUGAAUGGUGAGACCAAGGAUCAUUGGAUUAAGGAUUACGAAGAUUUUUCCUACAUAGAUGUUGAUAUUCUCAUCCACUUGUCUGAUACUGUGAAGAACUUGACAGAAGCCAGUGAACAGGAUUUGUGUAAGAAGUUUAAACUGAAAAGUAGCAGAAGCAUAAGUGACAUGCACCUGUUUGAUCCAAUAGGCGAGAUUAAGAGAUAUGACACUCCAGAACAAAUUCUUGAGGAAUUUUUUCAUCUAAGACUCCAAUUCUAUGAGAAAAGAAAGACAGUACUAUUGCUUAUCCUUAGAUCGGAGUUGUCAAAUUUGGAAAACAAGGUUGCACUGAUGCGUGGUGUCUUAGAUGGAGGAGUGGUCGACUUCAAUAAACUUAGCACUGAUCCGUACUUAAAAAGCAUGCCACUUACUACGUUUGUCUACAGAGACAGUUAUCAAGAAAAGUUGCAAGAAUUAUUGGCUGAUAUAGAUAGGAUCAAACUGAAGAUUAAAAAGUUGGAAGGCUCAACUCCGAGGACAUUGUGGUUGGAGGAGCUUGCUGCUCUUGAACAGGAACUUGAUAAGCUGGAGAAGCAGAAGCUGUUGGAGGAACUAGGGUAACAUCUUCCAGUGGAAACAGGUUCAGCUGGUUAGUUAAAGAGAACACAAUUCAUAUGUUGUUCUACUCCUACGAGUCGGUUGUGAAUUAACUUGGUUUCACAGAUGCAGAUGGAUGUGGCACCAGUGCAUAGACUACGACAACAAUCAGAUGCCUGUGCCUGUGGUGGAGGAAUUAACUAGAGCUAAUAGGAAAUAGAAUUAGCAUGAACUUGCUGGACAAUUUGACCUUUUUAGUUCAGAUCUAAUCCUGGAUUCAUGUGCGUUGUGUUAAUAUUCCUGUUGAUAGGUUCCGCCAUGUUUUUCAGGUUCAAUGUACUUGAUACCUUACAUAUUAACAAGCUUCUGUGAACUCUAGUUACUAGUACCUCGACUGCGUGUGUGCGGCGCAUCAUUCAGCUGUCAUUUGAUAAAGAUGAAAUCAAUCUGGUUGCUGCACCUGAUCGUUAAGGGUAGUCCACAAUUUCUUC